GGCUGUUCGAGCGCUCCGCCGGCCCACUCACUCCUCUCGUCGUCUCCUCCAGCGCAGGGAACGGAGGAGAGGCGCCGGCGAACCGAACCGCCUCGGAGGGGGCAGCGGUGAUAUCCAUCCACCCCCUGCGAUUCUCGGGAAUCGCGGAUAAGUGUGGAAAGGUUGGGUGUUUUUUUUUCUUUUGCAAGCGGGUCCCUCGGCUCGCCGGAGAUGCUGCCCUACGCGACGGCAGCUGAGGCGGAGGCGGCGCUGGGGCGGGCGAUGGCGCCCUCCGAGGCGCUGUGGUUCCGGUACACGGCGGCGGUACCGGACUACCACCUCUACUGCUGCAACAUCCUCUUCCUCUUCGCCGUCUUCACGCUCGCGCCGCUCCCCGUCGCGCUCCUCGAGCUCCGGGCCCCCGCCGCCGUUGCGCCGUACAAGCUGCAGCCCCGGGUGCGGCUCUCGGCGGUGGAGUUCGUCCGGUGCUACAAGGAGGUCCUGCGCGUCUUCUUCCUCGCCAUCGGCCCGCUCCAGCUCGUCUCCUACCCGGCCGUCAAGAUGGUGGGAAUUCACACGGGGCUGCCGCUGCCGUCGCUGGGGGAGAUGGCGGCGCAGCUGCUUGUGUACUUCCUGGUUGAGGACUAUCUCAACUACUGGAUCCACCGGCUGCUCCACGGUGAGUGGGGGUACCAGAAGAUUCACCACGUCCACCAUGAGUUCACGGCACCCAUUGGCUUCGCAGCUCCAUACGCGCACUGGGCCGAGGUGCUCUUGCUUGGCAUCCCCUCCUUCGCAGGGCCUGCCAUUGCACCUGGCCACAUGAUCACAUUCUGGCUCUGGAUUGUACUCCGCCAGGUGGAGGCCAUCGAUACGCACAGCGGCUUUGAUUUCCCAUUCAGCCCGACAAAGUAUAUUCCAUUCUAUGGAGGAGCAGAAUACCAUGACUAUCAUCACUAUGUAGGAGGCCAGAGCCAAAGCAAUUUUGCUUCCGUUUUCACGUAUUGUGAUUAUCUAUAUGGGACUGAUAGAGGUUACAGAUUCCAUAAGGCAUACCUAACAAAGCUGAAGGACCUGGGGCAAAAUGAUGGCGAGAAUGGAGAUGGCAAUGGAUUCAGCCACACGAAGUCAGAUUAGAUCGCCGUAUGCAAGGCGUCCUAAGUGUCUCCACGAUGGAUCGAGUUCACUGUGGCAUUACGAAAUGGGAGAUCUGUGAGUUGGGCACCUGUGGUGUUCUGAUUUCUGAAACAGGCAGACAGCCUUCUGCUGAGCCUCUUGUUUCCCUGUGUUUGUGAAGUUCAAUGGAACUUGUUCACUGACCAAUAACAAUGCAACUCUCAGACAUAGCCUUUCAUCGAGUUUGAUCUA